UUUAAGAUGAAUUUUUUUUCCAAACAAGCCCUGAAUAUGGAGAUGGGUAUUAUUUAUUUGGAUUUUAAGUCUUGAUGCUGUGAAUUGUAUAUGGUGGUGUUUGGUUUAUCGAAUUGGGUGCGAAUAAUCUUUUCUGAUUAGACAUUGGCAGUUCGAUUGAAAUUUUAGUUUUUAAGAUAAAGUCAGAAUUCAGAAUUUUGAAUUUCAUAAAUUUGAGUUUCUGAUUAAGUUUAGAAUAAUUAAGUAGAGUUAGUUACUCCAUUUGUUUGAUCAGGAAAGUCGAGGAUGUGAGAGAAACUUAAAAAUUGGGGAUUUAUGUCCUUUUUAACUGUGCUGUAUACAGAAAUUUGGCUAAGUUGAGAUUUUUUAUGCUAUGAUUAAAGGAUUUAUGUGAUAUCACCGUUGUUGAAUCUUGAUGGGUCCCUGUAGGAGCUUGUUGGUUUUGCAACUAUAUUGAUGCAUUGCAAUUGCCAUUGAUUAUCGGCAAGUCAUAAAUCCACUCUGUUGCGAUCACUGGUUCAAUCGCAUGCUAUAAAGAGAUUUUACCGUGAUGCCCCUUACACCAUAUUCGUGGUUUAUCAUUUAGCAUUCCUUUAUGUCUAAUGUUAUUGUUGAAUAGAACUUUGAGGCUUUGGAGUUUCAUGUUUGGCUGGUGAUAAGCGUUAGAAAACUAAGUUGAAAUGAUGCCAUCCCAUAGUGAAACUUUUUUCAAGCUUCUGGAGACAAAAACUGCUCGAUAUUUCAUUUCAAAUAUCUUUUUUCUCUGAACCUGAACCUCCCUGUAUGUGAUCUAUUCUUUAAAUUUGUCCUUUUUUUUCUUGCACUUUGGGGUUUAUUAAAUUUGAGUAUCUUUCUCUUUCAGCUAGUCAACUGUAUCCAAUAUUUAAUUUAUCAUGUGCAUCUUUGUUUUCAUUUUGUAUUUUGAUGAUGAUCUCAUUGAUUGUGCCACUGCAGCCCACCAUGAGAUGAGCAAGUGCAAAUGUAGUGAGCAUCAUCGCAAAGCUGUUCCUGCUGGAGAUUGAUCAUUGGCCUGAUUUGCUGCCCUUUUUGUUCCAAUGAAGUCAGAGUGCGCAAGAAGACCACAGAGAAAUAUCCUAAUAGCGGCACAGACAAUCUUCCAGAGCCAAAAUGAAGGAACAGAGAAAUUGAAAGAAGUUUUUGAUAUGCCUCAGCUUGUUGACACUACUUUGUUUUUGCUCCAAGAGGAAUCGGCUUGUCAGCAGACAGAAUCUGACAGUGACAUUGAUGAUGAUGAUACUCAACAUGAUAAAGAGCUUAUGGAUGCAGUUUCUGUUCUUCUUCCUGCAUUUGCUAAGUCCAUGGGUUCUCAUUUUGCACCCAUAUUUGCAAAGCUAUAUGAUCCCUUAAUGAAAUUCGAUAGAGCUUCACGCCCUCCGCAAGAACGGGAAAUGGUGGUUGCUUGCCUUGCAGAAGUUGCUCAAGAAUAUGUGGCCUAUUUUGGAAACCUCACUCCAUACAUUUCAGAGAGUGAUGCCAUUGUGGCGAGGAUGAUAAUGGCGCAUCCUGAGCACGUCCCCUUAAAUCAGGUCCUUCCUGUUUUCUUAAAAGUUCUUCCCUUGAAAGAGGAUCAUGAAGAGUCCAUGGCAGUCUAUAGUUGUAUAUCUACUCUUGUUUUAUCAACAAAUCCUCUGGUUGUUGUAGCUCUGCUAGCUGCUUCCGGUGCCUUCUCCGUUUUUCAUCUGUGGGGACGCCUAUUUUCUUCCAAGAUUCACACCGUGCAGACGUAUGUGUAUCUUUUAUUUAUAGAAAUGAUUGUAUAAAUUUGAA